AUGAUUUCUGUCAUACUCGUGGUCUUUCUGGUCCAGCUCGCCCUGAGCUUGAUCAGCUCUGUUGGCGCGCAAACAGUAAACGAUCUUGUUCGCGUUCCCAAAGCAGCUUGUUUGCGAGGUUCAAUAGCUAACAGAUACAUGACAGGCAUGGUGGAUAUUCACCAGACUUCCUACCCAGCAGACGAAACAAGCCGAACAAAAAGUCAAACUACGAAACGAAGUCAUCCGUCUGAACCGCGAAAUGAUCGGCGUGAGCGCGCAAGACAACUUCGCCAAAUGGGCGCGACUACGGAGAGAACACGAUAAGGCCAAAGAGAAGUAUGAGCAGGAAGGUACGACAUGGCAACACACGUUCAGAUCCCAUGCGCCUCGUAGAACACUCACUAACCUCGCGGCUUUGGAUAGCUGCCGCCUCCCAAUCCUUCCGCUCCUCAUUCGACUCCAUCGUCUCAAAGCUCCGCUGGCUCGGGACACAAGGCGUGAACUUCAUCCUCAACACCUGGUACGCCAAGCAACCCAUGUUCUGGCUCCCUCAGGGAUGGGUGCCCCACCAAGCCGAAUGGCUCCUUUCCUUCCCACGAGCGCCGCUUGGAAGUAUAAGUGUGAACGUUUGGGCUAUUGCGUGCGGCAGUGUGAUCGCGAUGAUAAGCGAGGGGAUCGUCGCGCUUUGGACGCUGAAGAGUGGGGAGGUCAAGACAGGGCCGAACAAGGGAGAGAAGCUGAAGAUGAGCAGUGCCGCAGGUGCUGCUGCGGAGAGCGAGACGAAGAAGGAGCUGUAA